UUUGUCCUUUAUAUAUACUCUACUAGACCUCCGUAACUCCGUUUCAUUUUCAAAUUCAGCACUCCAAAAUUUGCUCUUAAUUUGUCACUAUAACAUUCGUUGAUCCGAAAUUUCUCUUAAACUCUGUCCUUCUACGAAAAUGUCUCGCCGUGGUGGUCGCAAGUCUGAAUCACGGCCUGCGCAGCCGUCUCCGGUACCGGCUCAGUCAACUCAGCGCGGCGGAGGUAGUGAUCGAGGAGGGAGAGGGCGUGGUGGAGGUGGACCGGCUCAGUCAUUUCAGCGCGGCGGAGGUGGUGAUCGAGGAGGGAGAGGACGUGGUGGAGGCAGACCUGGUCAAGGUGUGGGCGGUAGAGGUUCGUAUGCUGGUGCCGCCGACAUAUUAGUUCCGAUACAGUCUCCUCCUCCUCCUCCUCCGGCAUCUUCUUCAUCGGCGCCGGGUCCGUCUCGUCUGCCUGUGUCUGUUCCUCCUACUACUUCUCUGAGCCAGGAGCUGCAACAACAGUUGACAUUGGGGACACAGGAUCCGGCAGUGGCCCCUGUUUCGUCAAAGGCCGUGAAAUUUCCGGCCAGGCCUGGGUUUGGGACACAAGGCCGGAAAUGUGUAGUGAGGGCGAAUCACUUCAUGGUCCAAGUCGCUGAUAAAGAUAUCCAUCAUUAUGAUGUGACGAUAACUCCUGAAGUUAUAUCAAAGAAAAUCAACAGAGAUGUAAUUGCUCAGUUGACUCGCAUGUACCGUAAGAGUCAUUUGGGUCAACGAAUUCUUGCCUAUGAUGGCCGAAAAAGCAUUUAUACGGCAGGGGCUUUGCCCUUUGAUUCAAAGGAAUUUAUUGUGAAGUUAAGUGAUAAAGAUGGCAAGGGAAGCUCUUCUCGGUUGUCCAAGGAGGAUCGUCAAUUUCUGGUGGGAAUAAAGUUGUUUUUGAAACUUGAUCUUUGUACUCUACAACAAUUCUCGAGGGGUAGGCAUAUGGAGGCUCAGUACAUUUUACAAGCGCUUGAUGUUGUACUUAGAUCAUCUCCUUCAGAGAAUUACUUGGUUGUCGGGAGGUCAUUUUUCUAUCCUUCUUUGGGGCCCAAAGGUGAACUUGGAGAUGGUGUUGACUAUUGGAAAGGAUACUUUCAGUCUCUCAGGCCAACCCAGAUGGGAUUAUCACUUAAUAUCGACACUUCAGCACAAUCUUUUUAUGAGCCAAUUCUAGUUACAGACUUUCUUGCCAAGUAUUUUAAUUACAGAGAGCUAUCAAGUCCACUAUCUGAUCAAGAUCAUAUAAAGUUGAAAAAAGCCUUGAAGGGAGUCAAGGUAUUACUUACUCAUACUGAAGAUGCCAAAAGCUACAAAAUCACAGGGAUAUCUGUUCUACCAAUUAACCAAUUAAUGUUUACUCUUCAUGGCAAAAGAAGAAAAAUGUCGGUGGUUCAAUAUUUUCGUGAGAAAUACAAGAUUGGACUCAAAUAUACAUUUUUGCCUGCCCUUCAAGCUGGGAAUGAUGCAAAUCCUAUAUAUUUGCCCAUGGAGAUUAGUAGGAUAGUUGAAGAACAAAGAUGCACAAGAAGGCUAAAUGAAAGACAAGUAACUGCCCUGUUAAAGGCAACCUGUCAGCGUCCUUUUGAUAGGGAGAAUAGCAUAAAGGAGAUAGUGAGGAAAAACAAUUACAAUGGAGAUCAAUUUGCAAAGGAGUUCGGGAUUCAAGUUGGUGCUGAACUUGCCCAGGUUGAUGCUCGAGUCCUGCCUCCACCGAUGCUUAAUUAUCAUGAAAGCAGCCAAGAAGCGUGGUUUACUCCUGCAUUAGGGCAGUGGAAUAUGAUUAACAAGAAAAUGGUCAAUGGUGGGCGGGUUAAAUUUUGGACAUGUGUGAACUUUUCCACACUUCUGAACCGUGAUUUGCCAUUCCAAUUUUGUGAGGAGUUGGUGAAUAUGUGUAUAAGGAAAGGAAUGGAAUUCAACCCGAACCCUGUAAUUCCUAUUCAUUCGGCUAGCCCUAACCAAAUUGAGAAGGCUCUCAGAAAUAUUCACGGGCACUCUACAGCAGAAAUUGCGAGGAGUUGGCAGCAAGGGAAACAACUUCAGUUGUUAAUUAUUAUUUUACCCGAUGCUACUGGGUCAUAUGGAACCAUUAAGCGGAUUUGUGAAACAGAAUUAGGUAUUAUCUCACAAUGCUGUCAGCCCAGUCAGGCUUCAAGACUCAGUAAGCAAUAUUUUGAAAAUUUGGCCCUGAAGAUCAAUGUGAAGGUUGGAGGUAGAAAUACUGUGCUAAAUGAUGCUAUUCGAAGAAGAAUUCCUCAUGUGACAGAUCGCCCCACAAUUAUAAUCGGUGUGGAUGUCAACCAUCCAGAACCGUGCAAGGACUCUAGUCCUUCGAUAGCAGCAGUUGUCGCUUCUAUGGAUUGGCCAAAGGUAACCAAGUACAGAGCAUCAGUGUCUGCUCAGACUCACCGUGAAGAAAUUAUCCAAGAUCUUUAUAGUUCCGUUCAGGAUCCCAAGUGGGGAUUAGUUCAUGGAGGAAUGAUCAGGGAGCUAUUAAUUGCAUUUAGAAGAUCAACUGGACAUAAACCUCAUAGGAUUAUUUUCUAUCGAGAUGGUGUUUCUGAAGGCCAAUUUAGUCAAGUCUUGUUGUAAGAGAUGACUGCCAUUCGACAGGCUUGUGGCUCAUUGGAGGAGGGAUAUUUGCCUCCGGUUACGUUUGUUGUGGUGCAGAAAAGUCAUCAUACCCGACUUUUUCCAGCAGACCAUGGGAAUCGUGAUCUGACAGACAAGAGUGGCAAUAUUCAACCAG